AUGGCAACCGUUGAAAGUUUUCGGCAGCUCUUAAAACCACUAAUCUUCUACUCGAAGGGUGUAGGAGUAGAAAUAUGGACUGCUCCUGGAAAAUUUGUACCAGCAUCCUACUAUCUUUCAUUACAUGUGGCCAUUUACUUCUCCAGCACGGUAUUCACUUUGAUAAAGUAUAGCGAUGAUACGUUGCACAUGAUGAAGGCUCUAAUUACGCUGGGCACUUGUGUACAGCUCUACGUCAAGUUCAUCAUCGGACAUAAAAAGGCAAGUGAGCUCAAGUUGCUUAGCGAUAACAUUGAGCAGGCUAUCCUGCAGCGCUAUGAAGAUGGAAAAGCAGAGGAAAUUGCCGUACUGCAACGUACUGGCCGCAUACUUUGGUUUAUCUUUCGUUUCAUGCGCACAUCGGUUAGUAGCGCUGCAUUUGGAUUUUUUUUAUAUCCAGUUAUUGCUUACUAUACGACCGGGGAGCUGAUGCCUUUGUUCAUGAUCGAGCUUCCCUAUUACGGUUGGACAACUAUCAUGGGACUAGCGAUGAACAUGUUUUGUCAAGCGAAUAUACUGGUGAUUGGUACGAUGGGAGCUAUAAUGUCCGACUUUUUAUUCUUCAUGUACGCGAUCUUUCUAAAUACGAUUGAAGACAUUUUCGGAAUAACGUGUUUAGCACAAGUGCUUAUGGGAAUAUUCACGGUCUGUGAUGGAAUGUUACUGGUAGCUUUGACAUUUUGGUUUCCUACUUAUUGUUUUCUGGCGGUGAUGUUUAUCGAGCUUUCAAUUUACUUUGUGAUUGGACAUUUUGUAGAACUGAAGAUCGAUGAAAUGUACAACAGUAUCAUUUCGAUGCCGUGGUAUAAACUACCAGUGGAGGAACAGAAGGAAUUCGCCUUUCUGAUGUGCAGACAGCAACGUCCCAUGAUGUUGACAGCUUAUGGGCUUCUCACCAUGAACUUCGAGUCAUACAUGAGUGUAUUGAAGGGUCUGUAUCAAUUUUUUGUGAUGAUCAUGCAAUACGUUGAAUAA